AAAACGUCCUUAAAGCCAAACGAUGUAGUUUCCUGUACCUACGAUAUUAACUACGCCCUGGGUCAUUCUACCUUGUUUAGGGAAAUAUCAUCCCUCGUGUGUAUGGCCAGGAAGGUUAUGCAGCAUUGAAUUCCUUCCUGUGCAGACAGACUGGUUGUUUUUACUGCACCAAUGUUAACGUCACCAAAGUCAAGUAGUUUUGGUCCAGCAAAUAAGGUUGAGUUGGUCCAGGUGAGAAGCCACACAAGCCAAAAUGGCAAUGGACGGGAGGGAGCUUAAUAGCACGGAUGAGCCGGACUUGGACAAUAGAACAGUCUUGUAUAUGAGUGAUUUUGCCAUCUUUUCAAUCAACGGACCCUUAGUCAUUCUCAACCUAAUGACAAACAUCUUCUUUGGGUUUUGUUUGAUGACACGCAAAACACAACAGGUGAAGCAACCUUUAUCGAUACUGCUGGGAUCCAUUGUUUGCUGUACAAUACUUUAUGUAUUGUCUGUUACUUUGAUGACUUGUGUGUUAGAGUGGGUCAAAUCUGAUGUAGCUGCUAUGAUAUCUUAUACAAUUGUGCUUCUGUUGAUGCGUGUGAACAUGACCUCUUAUGUAUGGCUGAUGUUUUACUACCACAUCAUGAUCGUCCCGUCACAGCAGGUCCUCUUCCUCUGGGUGAAGAAGAACAUUAAAUCUGUCAUCUACGUUGUGAUGCUUUUGGACAGCCUGAUUUUUCUGUGCGAUGCCUCCUUCGAAAUUACUUCUUCAAUGGAUUAUUUCAGAUUUAACAAUGGUACCGAGUUUGUUUUUAUUGACAUUGGUAUUGCAUUGGUUUCCAUUGUCUAUAUAUACUUGUUUCUCUGCCUGUUUGUUAUGAUGAUAUCCUGCUUCGCCACGGCCCACUACCUGAACAAACACAUGAAAAACCUUUCAGUGAGUGACGGAUCCCUCUCCAACCCACGGCUUCACAGUCAGAUCAGAGUCACUGUCACAGGCAUCCUUCAAGGGGUGCUCUGCUUCCUCUGUACCAUUUGCGAUCUAGUGGAUGUGAUGUCCUUUUAUUUAUCACCAUACUUCGAAUUUGAUGUUUACAUCCACCUCACGGCCAUCAACUUGUACAUUUUUGGCACCACUAUCAACCUUGCAGUCGGCCAGACUCUCUUUAGGGAAAGGGCAGUGCUUGUGUGGAAGGCAGUCAAAAAAAGACUUUGCAAAGGGAAGUCAUCGAAGGAUCUGAGACCUCCUGGAAAUCUGGUGACAACGACAUCGCUUUCUAUCAUAGAAAGCUCUGGUGUUGACACGGCCAUGUCACUGUGAUUAUAGAAUGGUUCAUACUAGAAAGAAAAAAGUAGUGCAUUUCUUGCCGUUUUUGUUUAGUGCAAAUUGAAUACAUUGAAGAUUAGACUAGCUAUGAUUAAAUUCCAUUAGGCUAAUAUAAUGAAAUGGCAUUCCGGAAGAGUUUAGAUAGAAGGUUUAGAAAGAUUGUUGUUGUCUUUUUUACUGAAACUGAACUGAAAAAAAAACGCAGGCUA